GAAAUUGUAGGUGUACUACUUCCGCUUUGGCGAUGACAUCACAAAUUGGGCAACGACUGCUUGGCGGUGAGGACGUCUGGACUUCCACUGAGGCGUCGACGCGGUCAUUAGUCUGCGGUACCACCGAGGAGGGACUCCACCUCUACCUCCACCGCCUCGCUCUCGUCCCUUGCGUCAACCCCGCCUCGGCGCACCUGGGGUGAGGCACCACGGGAGCUCCGACAGCCGCGCGGCAGAGCAUAAUGGGUGAGGCACCAGUCGGAGAGGACGGCACCGUGAUACGAUCAGCUGAGUAUGUAGGCUCUUUCCCCGUGGACGACCGCUGCCUAGAUGAGCAGAUAGAGGAACUGCACAGGCACCUGACGGCCCUGAAGGCAUGCAGAAGAAGUCGGCCCGUGUCCCUGAAGUUCUCCAUCAAAGGCGUGAAGAUGUACGACGAGGACGAAACGACCCUUCUUAUGGCCCACGCUCUACGCAGAGUGUCGCUGUCAACCGCCCGCCCAAGCGAUGCCCAGUUUGCUUUUGUCUCCCACAACCCAGGCAGCGCUGACGCCCAGCUGUACUGCCACGUUUUCAAAGCCAGACAUGCCAGAGCUGCCCAGUUCCUGAACCUGCUGCUGUGCCGCUGCUUCCAGCUGUACUACAUGGAGAAGCACCCUGAGGACACCCAGGAGUUCUCCUCUGGCUCUACGCCUCGGCGCAGCCCCUCGCUUCUCAACCACGGCUUCCCGCUCAGUGUCAGCGCCCUGGUGUCUUUCAGAAGAGCCCCGUUCCUGGGGUUGAUGUUUGGCUCAAAGAAACCAAAGUCCUCCGGCGAGCAGCAGCUCGGCAGCCAAGACGAGGUCUUCCCCACAUCCUCCCCCUCGCUGGUACGCAAGAAAGCCAUCCGCAGCAAGGGGAUGCGCUCCGGGGCCUACCGCUCCUUCACCUUCACGCCGCUCAAACAGCGCACCGUCCAGGAGCGUCUGAGCGCCGCACAAGAAAAGGAUCAAGACAGUACACCAGCGAGAAGGUCCCGGGUGCCCAGCUUAGCCGAAACCGAGGAAGCACUGGCUCAGGCUGUGUGGUGUUGGGCCGGUAUUACAACUGACAGCAGCUACUCCCUCCUGGCUGAUGAUGUCCUGGGAUCCUACCUCUUGUGUCCACAUCCCAAGAAACCCAAAGCCGGCUCCCUCAUCAUCCGCUUCCCAUCUGGACUCAUUACCCACCUCAUUGCAAACCGUAAAGGGAAUUUCCUGCUGGAGAAGUGCAAAGCUGAAUACAGCUCCAUUGCAGAGCUGAUUGAACAUUACACAGAGAAGCAGGACGAGCUGCCGUGCCAGCUGAGCUGCGCCCGGGUAAACCACUGUUACGAGUGGGAGGAGGACGCUGUCUGCCUGCAGGCUGAGGAGCCACACAAGAGCCUGAACAAAAGCAAAUUUAGGAGGACGAUGAAAGGAAUGGGGCAGAAGACUGGACGCUAGAACAUUUUCACUGCCAACCGCUACUCGAACCACAUAUUUACCCUUUUGCACAUAUAUUUUCUUUUUGGUCUCAUGGGAGGUUUCUAAACGUUCACAACAAUGCACCUUUUUACUGUUGGCACUUCAAGUAUGUAUAAAAUGCAGGUUACUUCGUCAGCGCUUUUGUUUUGUACUUGCUGUUUUUAUGUUUUUGUAUGGCCUAUGUGUAUUUUUAAUCCAUAGUGUUUUUAAGGCACAGGUCUUCAU